AUGCUCAGCUCAGGUUCAUCUCUUAUCUAUGCUUAUAGCCCAGACAAGACAAUUAUGAGGUCCGCAGUCCUAGCAUUCACUACCUGCAUAGCUGUCUCAUCAGCUUCUGUUCUACCUCGAAAUACCACGCAACCCUUCCAACACGUCCCUUCUGACGCCGGCGACCAUGACGGUAACUACUACAUCCGCCCCGAAAUCCCCGAAAACAGCGCCUACUUCAUCCACGAACAAACCCACGACCCCAUCCCCGCCGAAUACCAAACCCGGCCCAUCGACGUCCCUCUCGGCCUGCUAAACAAAGGCGCCCUCAACUUCUUCACCACCGGCUUCAACGUCCCCGACAGCCCCGGCGUUUCCCCCGCCUGGCACACCAACGAUUUUGCCAACAACACCGCCUGCGGCAUCCCGGACUCCGCACACUACCACCGCCGCGCAGCCAUCCACCCAUACUGGCUGAAAUACGCCCCCGAGCAGCUCGGUCUCGACCGCUUCUGCAUGUCCGACAUCUGCAUAAACAUCUGGAACGAGACAGGCUUCAAGGACGGCACGACGGACAUCAUGGUGAAAGUAAUGGACGUAUGCUCCACCGACCCCAACGACUCCAACUACUGUGCCUCGCCCGCCGACAUCAUGAUCGACCGCGACGGCGCGCGCAUCCUCUACGCCGGCACGCCCUCUCGAGAUCAGAACGCUAUUGAUAGUGGGAAGCAGUACCCGAGACCGGGCCAGACGGCGUAUGAUCGGGUUGGGCUGCCCAAUUAUGUGCGCGGGAAUCUGUUGACUACGGAUCCGCUGAGAGAGGCUGCGAGGUUUGAUGAGGUGGCUAAGGAGGAUUGGAAGAAGGAUCUUGCGAAGGGGAAUGAGGUGCAGUGGUGUCCUGUUGCUGGUGGGAGCGCGAAGCAUGGGAAGCCGCCGAAUCCGGAGGCCUGUGGGACCGUGGCUCCGGUCCGCGCUUCCUGA